GCGCUGCGCGAGGCGGUGCGCGACGGAGAGGCCGAGGAGGCGGGCGGCGGCGGAGAGGCGGCCGAGGCGGCCUCUGCGCUCGCGGCCCUGCGCGCCCUCCGCGCCGCGCCCGCCCCCCGCCUGGCGGCCGCGCUGCGCGCCGCGCCCCACGCGCGCUCGCUGGCGGCGUUGAGCCGGCUGCUGGGCGCCUCGGGCGCGCCCGGCGCCCACGAGGCGGCCGUCGGCGAGCUGGCGCUGGACGCGAGCGACGCCCCGCCCCCCGCUCUCCACUACCUGCACGCGCUGGCGCUGGCGCACGAGCCUCACGAGUCGGUGGUGCUGGACGCGCUGCGGCUGGCCGAGGAGGCGCGCUCGGCCGAGGUGCGCGAGGCGGCGCUGCUGGCCGCCGCCGCCGGCGCCGCCCGCCUCGGCGGCCGCGCCUCCGCCGUGCUGCGCGACGCCCUGCCGCGCCUCCUGGCGCGCUGCAUGGUGAGUGCCUCGCCGCGGCCGCGCCGCUCGGCCGCCCGACGCCCGAUGAGUCGCGCCUUCUCUGUUCGGCGGCAGGACGACGAGACGGCGGAGCGCGCGCGCCCGCUGGAGCAGCGCGCCGCCGCGCUCGACCUGGUGCUGGUGCGCGCGGCGCCGCUGCCGCCGCCGCUGGCGCUGGCGCGGCUGGCGCGCGAGCUGAAGACGCACGGCCCGGCCGAGCUGCGCCGCCUCUUCUGGCAGCGCGCGCGCCAGCUGGCCGCCGAGCACCGCCCCCUGGCUGACGUGCUGGCCAUGCUGGAGCCCGACUUGCGCGGCUGGGACGCCCUGGCGCAGCCCGGGACGUCGUCGGUGCUGGUGCGCAGCCUGGGCCGAAUGGGAGAGGGCCCCGCACGGCUCGAGUCGCUGCAGCUGACGAGCGGUGGCCUGCUGCGGCGCGGCGCCGUCACGCUGCUGGCGGACGGCGCGCCGCAGCCGCUGCUGGCGCUGGAGCUGUGGACGCGCGGGCUGGAGGCGCUGGCGGGCGAGGGGGAGGCCGCCGAGGGGGAGGGGGAGGGCGCGGCCGAGGAGGCGAGCGGCGGCCUCGAGCUGGCCGUGGGCGGCGCGCGCCUGCCCGGCCUCACGCUGUUCGCGGGCCAGGUGGGUGCGGGGGGCGGGGGGCGGGGGGGCGCAGUUAGGGGGGGGGCGCGACUCAUCGCCGGCCACCCGCAGGCGGAGCUGCUGGGCCACGUGUGGGCGGGGCGCGGCAGCUCGGCCACGCCGGCGCUGCGCGCGCUGCUGCCGCUGCAGGAGCGCGCGCUGCGCGUGCCGCUGCUGGGCGCGGGCCCGCUGCGGCUGCGCCUCAGCCGCGCCGCCGCGCUGGCGCUCGACGCUCAGGCGCAGGUGUCGCUGUGGUCGCGCACGGCGCGCGCCGAGCUGGAGCUGCGGCUCGGCGCGGCGGGCGAGGUGCGCGCCGAGCUGAGUGGCGCGGCGGGCCGGCUGAGCGCGCGCGCCGCCUUCGCCGCCGAGCCGCGGCUGCGCGUGGCCGCCGACCUGGACUUCUACGAGCGCGUGGCGCUGUGCGUGCGCGCCGCCACGGAAGACGCGCCGCGCCGCGCGCGCUCGGCGCUGGCGUCGCGGCUCGGCGCGCGCUCGGCGGCGGUGCGGCGGCGCCGGCGCUCGGCCACGCCGCAGCCGGGGCGCACGCUGCAGCUGGGUGAAGCCAACAGCGCCGCCUGCCGCGCGCUGCCGCCC